CAAGACCACCAUGCAAUGGCUCUGGCCAAGGAGUUGCCGGCGUGGAGCCUCACGGUGCUCGAUGUCUCUCUCAACUACAUUGAAAACGCUGGCAUCGAGGCGCUUGCCAGCGCACUGCCGCACCUCCCGACGCUGCAGCGCCUCGACGUGAGCCACAACGCGGGAGUGCUGACUUUUGAAAAUACAACCACGGAGCAGCUGUAA